AUGUGGCCGUUUUGGGGACUGGACCUGAACCGAGCCCGCUGUGACCUGCUCUUCACAGAAGCCAUCAAUCAAAGGAUGCAGGUUCCCAACAGGCUGAAGGUAGCAGAGAGCUUCAGCCCUGCAGAUGAGGAGCUAGUGACAGAGGAUGUCCCUCCUUCCUUUCGGAUGCACAUCCCUGAUAGGAUUUCUCUUGCAGAAAUCUCAGAUGCCAGUUUGAGGCCCAUGCCGCUGAACCAGCACAGGAAGGUCCCCUCUCUUGUGGUGCACAUGUCCCCGGACUCCUCUGCGCAGCCCACCUGCCUCAGGGAGCUCCCCUUUCUGCACGUAGCCAGCAGAUCAAGCUCCCAGAAACGCAAACGAUCGGGCCAUCACAGCAGCAGGUCGCGGCGGGAGCAGACUCCAAGUGACAGUGCCCAGCUGGCCUUGCACAGCCCAGGCCAGCACCAUGAGUGGCCGGGCGCGUGCCCCCUGCCCGCGCACAUUGCCCCGCUCCCCCUCCUCGCGGAGACGGGCAGGAUCUACUCCAUGCAGAACAUCUUCCAGACCAUGUACCACCUGGGCCGGGUGCUCCUCCACCGUGUCCAGGACUCUCUGCAAGACCCAGUGCCAUCCAGCUCCCAGGAGGCUGGCCUGGCCCCAGAGAGCGCCUUGGAGGAGGUCGGGGCGGCUGAGAUGGCAGCAAUGAGAAAGCAGUUGAUGAGGAUCUCGGGGAGGCUCCGUGUGCUGGAGGAGCAGUGCAAUGCCUGGCGACAGAAGGAGACCCUGGUUUACUCCGUACUGAUCUCUGCCUGUCUCAUCAACACAUGGCUCUGGCUGAGGAGAUGA